AGCCUUACAUACCGUAUCCGAUACAAGUCACAAGUUAAAUUAGUAACAUUUUUAGUAUUCAGUGUGCGCGGUGUUGGUUUUUUCGCUCCCAAUGUGAACCACUCGUGUGUGCUCGCCCCUGUAUCGAGUGUGUUAGUGAUACGAGUACGAGUAUGUACCAGGGAGUUCCAGGUUUACUUACUUAGUGAUAUUGAAAGUCACCACACUAGAUUGGAAAUACCAGGCCAGGAGAAGGCUUAAUGGAAAAACGAUAAUUCGCUUUGAUAUAAGGAUCUUAGUGCAAUGGGAUUUAAAAUAGUACUUUUAAUAUGUAUCGGCGUCACAAUGGUUCCGGUAGUGACAGGCAGCGUUUGGGAAUUUGGCUCCGACAAUAAUCCAAUGGCGGAAAUAAUAUCCGAGAUCCACGGAAAAUUCUCAUUAAUUGGAAAAACUCAAGACAUAUACCUAGAUGUACCACCAUGCAGAGUGAUUACUUAUGUGAAAGUGCUUUCGAAUAACUACCUUUCAACGCCAAAGGUAUAUUAUGACCAAUAUAACCACGUAGUAAGAAUACAAUAUGGCCUCUUCCAGUUCCAUCCAUCAACCUUUAUCAUAAUUACAAAAGGUGCUGUGAGACCAGGCUGUGAUCCAAGCCCAGGAAUAGCACAGGGUCCACCUAUACAACAGGCUCCACAGGACCCAACCAUACAACAGGUUCCACAGUUUCCGCCUAUACAACAGGCUUCACAGGGCCCAACCAUACAACAGGUUCCACAGGGUCCCCCUAUACAACAGGCUCCACAGAACCCAACCAUACAACAGGUUCCACAGGGUCCGCCUAUACAACAGGCUCCACAGGGCCCAACCAUACAACAGGUUCCACAGGGUCCCCCUAUACAACAGGCUCCACAGGACCCAACCAUACAACAGGUUCCACAGGGUCCGCCUAUACAACAGGCUCCACAGGGCCCAACCAUACAACAGGUUCCACAGGGUCCCCCUAUACAACAGGCUCCACAGGACCCAACCAUACAACAGGUUCCACAGGGUCCGCCUAUACAACAGGCUUCACAGGACCCAACCAUACAACAGGUUCCACAGGACCCAACCACGCAACAGGUUCCACAGGACCCAACCAUACAACAGCUUCCACAGGACCAAGCCAUACAACAGGAUUCGCAGGACCCAACCAUACGACAGGUUUCACAGGACCAAGCCAUACAACAAAUUCCACAGGGCCCACCCAUAAACCAGGUCCCAAUAGACGUGCGCUUAAAACAAUUUCCAGAAAUCCUUUCCGAACUAAGGUUCACAGAGGAUAUGCUACUCCAGCCAACAUGGACCAGUCAUAAGCUUGAACAUCGAUAUGGCGAUCAUGAUACACAACUAUAUCAAGAUUUGCAAAACGCACAGUAUACGAUAAGCGCACAGGAUUCACAAAAUACAGAAUAUACAAUAAGCGCACAAGAUGAACUGAAUUCCCUACGCAAACUGAACAAAAUUAAUCUUAUGAACAAAAUAUUAGCCCAGCGAUCAGGUCGUAGACUCAUUUAGUCAGCAAACACCUAAAUCUAUUAAUUAGAAAUGUAAAGUUUUAGACACUGACAAUAACUAUUCAAUAGACUACCAAUUAGUCAUUUGUUGUCCCGAUUUCACUAUACGAACUGAUCUCGGUCAUAUAAGAUUACGGGCGUGAACUGGGAUAUGCUG